AUGACACUCUCACCCUCAACGUCCAGAGUAAAGCGCAGAGGGUCGACUAGACGGCCCCGCGCAGGCUCACAUCUUCCCCCGCCGCAGACGCAGGAGACGCACGACGCCGCCCUGCAAGCUAUUCGGGCCUUCCUCAAGGGCCGCACGUCCUACGACGCUUUCCCCGUCUCGUUCAGAGUCAUCGUGCUCGAUUUGGAGCUGGAGGUGAAGAAAGCGCUGCAGUGUCUGCUCACGAAUGGAGUCGUUUCUGCCCCGCUUUGGAACAGCGAGAGAUCGCAGUUUGCGGGGAUGUUCACGGUGCAGGAUAUCAUCCAUCUGAUUCAAUACUAUUAUCGGUACUCGUCCUACGACAAUGCGGCGACCGACGUCGAGACGUUCAGGCUUGAAUCUUUGCGCGGUGCGUUCAUGUACAUCGAGAAGAUCUUGGGUGUGGCACCACCCCCACUUCUGCGCGAACACCCUUCCGCUUCGUUAUGGGACGCCGCGAGCCUCCUCAUCCAGACGCAUGCUCGUCGGCUGCCUCUGCUAGACUACGAUUCCGACACAGGACACGAAGUCAUCGUCUCCAUACUCACACAAUAUCGCCUCCUCAAAUUUAUCUCCAUCAACUGCUCGAAGGAAAUUCAUCUGCUUCAUCUACCGCUUCGCAAGCUUGGCAUAGGCACCUACGUCGGCCAACAUUCAGAAGACGACCCACCGCCCGCAGACGGCUCGAACCCGUGGCACCCUAUCGCCACCGCCACGAUGGACACGACCGUCUUCGACGUCGUGCAUAUGUUCUCGGAGCGCGAGAUCUCCGCUGUGCCCAUCGUAGACGAGAACGGCGUGGUGGUGAACAUGUACGAGUCCGUGGACGUCAUCACUUUGGUGAAGUUGGGCGCGUAUCAGUCGUUGGACUUGACGAUCAAUGAAGCACUCAAUCAACGCUCGCCCGAUUUUCCUGGAGUGGUCAUCUGUACCGCCUCGGACUCACUCGGCACGCUCAUGCAACUGAUCAAGAAACGGCGUGUUCAUCGACUCGUAGUCGUAGAAGGCGAGGGGCGUCUGCUCGGUAUACUUACCCUCUCCGACGUACUUCGCUAUGUCGUCGGCCCUCUUCCUCCGUCAACGACACCAAUAGCAGGAACGCCGAACCCACACGAUCCACCAGAGAAUGCAGGACCAGUGCCUGUGCCUCCCACACCCUUGGAACCACCAGCAGAGGAACUGCCAGCUCCGGAACCCGAACCUCAAGCGGAAGAGGAACAGCCUCCUGCGGAGGAAGAAGCUGAGCCUGCGCCUGCAGCUGAGCCAGAGCCAGAGUCAGAGGUGGCACCGGAGGAGAGCUAG